AUGAUUCAACCAAAUUCAGAAAAUAUUAUUCAAACAUCAACAACAAUUUAUCUGUUGCCAACAGGAAAAGCAAUUUUAGAAACUGAUACUUCCUCGCCAUCACCACACUUAACAUCAAUUUAUGAAAUAGUUAAAGAAACACCAUUAGUACAUGCAAUAAAUUUAUCAUUAAAAUUAAAUAACAGAGUCUUAUUAAAAAGAGAGGACUUACAAGAUGUUUUUAAUUUCAAAAUUAGAGGAGUUGCAAUAUCGGCAAAAAAACUUGGUCUUCCUGCAACUAUGGUUAGAACUACACCAAGUAUUAAAUAUAAAAGUGUGGAAAGAUUGGGCUCAAAUGUUGUACUAUACAGAUCUGACUUUGACAAGGCAAACAAGAGUACUAUUGGGAUGGAAAUCCUCAGGCAACAUUAUUUUAAUGAAAUAGAUGCAAUUUUUGCAUGUGUAGGUGGAGGUGGACUUAUAGCCAUUGUGUUAAAAGAAGUUGGGUUAUUUGCAGAUGGAGCAGCUGUAAAAGUUGUAGACACAAGGUCUAUUGUAGAAUCAGCUGAUGCAUUAGGACUAGCAGGUGCAAAUAUGAAUUUUGAACAUUUGAGAUUUGUAGCUGAAUGGGCUGGGUUUGGUGAACAACAUGAAGCUUUAAUUUCAGUAAUUAUUCCUGAACAUCCUGGAAGUUUUAUCGCACUUUAUAAUCAUAUUAAUACACAUCCCAUUACAGAAUUUUCAUAUAGUUAUUCUGAUUCAGAGAAGGCAUGGAUAUAUAUGCCAUUUAGAGUUGAUAAUAGAGGUACAGAAUUACAAACAAUUUUAGAAAAUUUAAAGGAGGAUGGUAUACAUGGUCUAGAUAUAAGUGAUAAUGAAAUAGCAAAAACUCAUGCAAGAUAUUUGAUAGAAGGUAGAAGUAUUGUUGAAAAUGAAAGAUUAUUUAGAUUUGAGCUCCCUGGAGCAUUAAAAAAAUUAUUGACUGGAUUGAAAUCAAACUAA